AUGAGUUCUGCAAUGGUCAAGUUCAAUAAGGAGCAAGACGAGAUAUUGGUUGAAUGUGUAGCCAAACAUCCCCCAAUUUAUAAUCCCGAAAAUAGGGAUUAUAAAGAUUUGAAUAUACGAGAUGCAAUUUGGAAGGAUAUAAGUGGCAACGUUGGGCGAAGUGUUGUACUAGAUGAAGACUGCAAGAGAAGGUAUAAAAAUAUUAAAGAUGCCUAUUUAAAAAAUAAACGGGCCAGAAAAAUGAAUACUGGAGCAAGUGCCUCUUCAAAACCCUCAAAAUGGCAUUUAGCACCAUUUUUAACUUUUUUGGAUACAGUACCACAAGAAAGAAACACUAUAUCAAAUAUAUUUGAUACUGAUAAUAACGAAGAUUCUGGCUCAGACGAAGAGGAAAUAAAUAUCACACAAGAUGAUAUACUGCAGUCAUCACCAAUAACGCAAGAUCCUCAAUCUCCAUCGACUUCAAGAUCACAAAAACCGACUAAUAAAAGAAAAAAUUUAAAAGUCACUGAAUUAUUGGACAAAAGAUCAAAGGAAAGAACGGAGCUGAUGACGCAACUGAUUGCUAAACAAAAUAAGGACGAGUACGAUGAGGUUGAUAAUUUUUUCAAAAGUUUAGCUCUAUCUGUCAAAAAGUUGCCACCACAGUUAAUUUCACAGGCGAAAUUGAAAAUGUUGACAAUUGUGACUGACUUGGAACUUCAAGCUGAUAAUUAUACACAUAACGUCCACAUCAUACCUAACUGCAGUAGCACUGUAGCAGAGUAUCAUUACAGUCAAAUAAUUCUACUAGUAGCUCACCAUACUCUAACAACUUUACUCCAUAUAGUUAUAGUCCACCUUCACUAG